AUGAGAAAAAAAAGCUCGACACGAGCCCGAGUUCCGUCAACUCUGACUAAAACCACUGUGCCGCACAACCGGUCCCACGUCGCGAGAUGGUACAUCGCACUAGAUAAUCUUGUUCUCCGCACAUCCAAAGCGGAAUCAGGUCAACUUGCAAAAACGUGGUGCCAUUCUAUUGUUGAAGCUGGGGCUGGCUUUGGCAUUGAACAGGACGCGCCAUCAAGAGCAAUACAAUUAUAUGCUCGCUUAUGUUCCGGGCUCAUCUAUCCGAAGCACUCCAUGCACUCAACGCCCUGGAGUUAA